AUGGCUUCUUUUGGCAGUGAUCUGCGAAUUGGUCCUAGAAGUGUGAUUGUAAAGCAUAAUCAAGAUGAAGAAGGUGAUGAACAAGAAGGCUCGGUGAAACAAGUUAUCAAUGAUUCCGUGGAAUCGCCUAAAUUGGUUCUUCAAGGUGAAAAUAGGUUUGGUUUUACCGAAGAAGAAGCUGAAAAAAUUAAAGCUACUGAAGAAAAAUAUACAUUUGAGACCGAAGUUAGCCGAUUGAUGAAACUUAUCAUCAAUUCGUUAUACAAAACGCGUGAAAUUUUCUUGAGAGAACUCAUUUCCAAUGCCUCUGACGCCAUUGAUAAGAUAAGGUUCUUGUCGCUUACAGAUCCCAAUGCAUUAUCGGCAGCACCAGUUUUAAACAUAACAAUUUGGGUUGAUAAAGAUAAUAAAGUAUUGACAAUUUCAGAUAGUGGUAUAGGGAUGACCAAGAAACAACUUAAAGAUAAUCUUGGAACAAUAGCGAAAUCAGGAACAUCGGAAUUUUUAAGUGCAAUGGAAGAGAAAAAAGCCGAUAUGAAUUUAAUAGGGCAAUUUGGUGUGGGAUUUUAUUCGGUAUUUUUGGUUGCUGAUAAAGUAGUGGUUACAACAAAAAACAACGAAGAUAAACAAUAUAUCUGGGAAUCGCAAGCUGUUAAUGAUUUCACUAUAGCUGAAGACCCUCGAGGAAACACUUUAGGUCGUGGUACUCAAAUUAAAUUAUACCUCAAAGAUGACGCUUUGGAAUUUCUCGAAGAUGGUGUCUUACGUGAUCUCAUCUUAAAAUAUUCCGAAUUUAUUAACUUCCCUAUUUGGUUAUGGACAAAACAAACUCAGGUUGUUGAAGUUGAUGAAACCCCUGAUGAAAAUGAAAAGAAAGAAAAAAAGACCGAAACUAUUGAAGUACCAGGAUGGGAACUGAUGAAUACUCAAAAACCUAUUUGGUCUCGUGACCCAAAGAACGUUACUGAACUUGAAUAUGAAAAUUUCUACAUGUCGUUCGCGAAAGAUAGCAAUCCACCUAUAGCUUGGACUCAUUUCAAAGCUGAAGGAGAAGUUGAUUUUAAGGCCAUUGUGUAUAUUCCAAGCAAAGCCCCUGAGGGUCUGUUCCAAAAAGUUCAAGAUUACGCGCGUAACGUGAAAUUAUUUGUCAAACGCGUCUUUAUUACUGAUGAAUUCCUUGAUUUCAUUCCAAAAUAUUUGGGUUUUAUUCGCGCCAUAAUCGACGCCGAUGACUUACCAUUGAACGUAUCGCGUGAAACACUUCAAGAACACAGGACUCUUCAAUUGAUCAAAAAACGUAUCAUCAAAAAAUGUUUAGAUUUAAUUGCAGAUCUAACAAAAGAUGAUGAAAAAUAUGAGAAAUUCUUGAGUGAAUUUGGUACAAGCUUGAAAAUUGGAGCUAUCGAAGAUAAUAGUAAUCGUAAAAAAAUUGCGCAAAUCUUAAAAUUCCCGAGUUCAUAUAAAGAGGCAAAUUCAACAACACUCGAUGAUUAUAUUAGUAGAAUGAAAAAGGGACAAGAUAAAAUGUAUUUCAUCACUGGAGGUUCUGUCGAAGAAGUCCAAAAUUCUCCUUUCGUUGAAGGAUUAGUUGCAAGAGGUUUUGAAGUUUUAUAUAUGGUUGAACCUAUUGAUGAAAUGUUGGUUCAACAUAUGCCCGGUCAUGGUGGCAAAAUGUUCCAAAAUAUUGCUAAAGGCGAUUUCAAAUUCGGUGAUGAAGAUUUAGUUGAAUCUCAAAAGUUAAAAUCAAAAUUCGUCAAGUUGAUUGAUCAUAUGCAAGCUACUCUCAUUGACCAAGUUUCUACACGUCUUACGACAUCACCUUGUGCCGUUGUCGCCACUGAUUGGGGUUGGACUGGAAAUAUGGAAAAGAUUAUGGCAGCCCAAGCCUUCAAGCAAGAAAAUCCUUUACUUAAAGAAUUUUACGCUAAACAAAAGAAAAUUCUUGAAAUUAAUCCCAACCAUCCUUUAAUCAUCGGAUUAUUUGAUAAAGCUGAAAAUGAUGCUUUCGAUGCAAAUACUAAAGAAAUGGUUCGUGUAUUAUAUGAAACAACUUUAAUUCGAUCUGGAUAUUCACUUAAGGACAAUUUAGGAUAUGCAUCACGAGUUGAGAAAAUUCUCCGAACUAAUUUGGGAGUUGAUCUUAAUGCGAAAGCUGAAGUUAAUGUUACGCCAGCUGAAGAAGCUGAUAAAGAUGAAGAAAAGAAAGAAAAGGUUGAAACCGAAGAUCUAUUUGACGAACAAGAUCAUGAUGAAUCAACUGAUCCUACUAAACCUUCUAGAGAUGAAUUAUAA